ACCAAUCAACCAGAUGACCUUGCGACCAGGCACAGAAGCAGAAGAAGAUUUCGCACCAAGUCUUCAUCGUAGCACUGAUCUUCAACGUGAAGGAGACGGCCAAGUGUGACAAUGGAAGCUGCGUUCGGGCAGUUGCUGUUCACUUUCUCCGUGAACCUGUACAAGCAGCUUCUCAACGAGGACAGCAAGGCCAACGCUAGCAACCUGCUGUGUUCGCCGCUCACGAUCGCGGCAACGCUGGGAAUGACGCUCGCCGGAGCCCGCAACGACACCGCCAAACAGAUCCGAGAUCUGUUCGUUAGAGGCGUACGUUUUGACUCUAUCCCCGUGCUACAGUCCAACCGAGAAUCUUCCGGGAGCGUCUCGAGUGCACGCUUCGGUACCUUGGAUGGCGAUCACGCCAUCCACGACGCGUUCGCCUCGCUUAUCAGGAGUCUCAACCACGUCUUUGACAGCGAUGGAACAGCAGGUCCUGCUGCAAUGAGUCUUCGUUUGGCCAACCGGCUGUACGCGGGCCUCGACGUACAACUGGCCCCCGAGUACGUGGCGCUUGUCAACUCGUCGUACAGAGCCUCGGCGGCCAACGUCGACUUCGUAGCCGACCCGGAAGCCGCGCGGCGUGCCAUCAACGAGUGGGUGCUCCGCGAGACAGCGUCCAAGAUUGUGGAGCUGCUGCCGCCUGGUUCGGUGGACUCGGCCACAUGCGUGGCGCUUGUCAACGCCGUCUACUUCAGAGGUAGCUGGGCGGAGCUGUUCGACCCUGAGCUCACCGCAGAGGAGCCCUUCUAUGAGACGGCCACGCGCAGCCGCAGGGUGAAGAUGAUGUACAGGACGGGACGCUUCGCCGUCGGACGUCACGAGGGCCUUGGAGUCAGUCUGGUCACGAUUCCGUACAGAAACCAGAACGUUUCCAUGGUCGUGCUGCUGCCGGACAAGGUGGAUGGGUUGGAUGACCUCGAACGGCGCAUCACGCCCUCGGAGCUGGCCACCAUGAUCGCCAGCAUGAGCGGCUCCACCAAGGUCCGUCUGAAGCUGCCUCGCUUCAAGCUGUCGACGACCUCUGACUUGCGCCGCGCCCUGUCUGCACUGGGCGUCACCGAUUUGUUCCGUUCGCGCGCCGACCUCUCGGGCAUCGCUGUGACCCGCGGUGGCAGCAGCAGUGCCGCUUACGGUAACCCGGGCUGCAGCGGCUCAUCUUCACUCGGUGGUGGCGUUUCGGUGGCUCUGCACCGAGCUGCCCUCGAGGUGACCGAGGAAGGCACCGAGGCUGCGGCAGGUUCAGCUUCGGUCGUCACCCGCCGAGACCUGCGCGCCGUCGAGUUCACGGCCGACCACCCGUUUAUGUUCCUAGUGCGAACCCACGGGCCUGGUGCAGUCGUGCUUUUCGUGGGAAACGUGCGCCAUGUGCAAGACGUUGACGCGUGACAGAGACGAAGAUCCCGCGCUUAACAAAGGACAUCCGUUUUUUAAGACAUGCGUGCCGUGCACGGACACACAAAAUUUGUGCAGCUCACUGUAGAAUGGGUCAGUGGCCUUAGCUGCAGUGCAUCGAUACUCUUGUCGAUUUGCUUUAUUUAUACCAAGCAAACCUUGGUAAGAUUUGCACCAGAGAACGGGAAGCGAUGAUUAUGUGCAAGUAUGCGUGGAUACAUUGUUUUUGUAGAUUCAUCCUUAUUUCACACUUCUGCACCUCUGUCUAAUUGCUGUCUAUAGCGUUAAGCUAAAGGUGUUCCAUUUUGAAGAUAACGUGACUUGCGAAUUGUGGAAUUUUCAACGCGAACACAAGCAGAAAGACACAGGCAACAGGAACUCAUAGCACAUUCUAUUAUUUUAACAAACGCGUAGUUCUAAAUACCUGCUGUCAAAGUUGACCUUCACCUCACUUCGUUGCAAGAUCGGAGAUGGAAACAGAGAUGUCAAUGCCUCACCUUCGAUUAAUUCGACGGAAAGCAGUUGUCCCCCUCCCACCUGUCUGUAGCAUAUGAGAAACUGCCACACCCAUUCAGUAGUUGUACAUCAGCUUCUUCGUCUACACGGCGUCAGUGUCUGUCUGCCUACGUU